UAUGUAGAUAUUCCUUAUUCCAGUUAGUGGUGACGGAUAAUUGCGGUCGAGGUCAAACUGUAAUGUUUGCGUGGACUCGAAGGGAAAAGCGUGCCGAUGUGACAUGGAUUUUAGAUCAAUUCAAAGAGAUAAUGGGUGACACAAUGUUGACUGAAACAUUUGUGAUGGGUUGCGCACGAUGUGAAAGCGCGGCUGUCUGUAUAACACACGGACAUGCAAACAUAAUUUUGUGCGCCUUUCAUGUAAUUCGCGCUUUCCGAAAAAAGGUACACCAAUGGUUACUUAUAUAAAAUUGCCCUUAGACAAACGACAAAAUAAUGAAAACCUACUUAAUUCGAUUGGUAACUGCGGAGACGGUUGGAAGGUAAUUUUUGUAAUGUGUUUAUUCACUAGAUUUAAUCAAUAUUACAGAAUAAUAAAUCGGCGGGACAGAUUGAUAGGUCAGUACCUGUCACGUUUUCGGAUGGCACGUAAGACAAUGUGGGCGCGUGCCUUUUACGGUCAUGUUUUAACAUUGGGUAACAGCACGAAUAAUCGUGUUGAAUCGCUAAAUAGGCAAAUUAAACGAUACGUACGAAAAAGUGAUAGUCUGUACAAAUAUAUGUACAAGGCUUUAAAAUGGAGUGAAAUGACGUCAACUAGAAGAAGUAUCGAAGAUCAAGUGAUAGCCGGAAGAUCUUAUAAAUAUAAUGCUCCACAGCGUCUUAUACCCCUGCUAAACAUUUUGACCCCAUUCGCAAGAUCUAAAUUGUUAUACGAACUUAAACAAAUGCGUUUCGUCUACGUGGAAUAUGAAAGCGGCGACUGGUUGUUUAUGGUUGACCGCGGACAACAUUAUGAAGUGGAUAUAAGCAUUUAUCAAUGCAAUUGUAGCACGUUUAUGAUGUGUCGAUAUCCCUGCCGUCACAUGCUACUUGCCUACGUUAAAAGACGAAAUCUUACUGGCAAGCUAUAUCAAUUAUGAAAUACUAACUGCAUAGCUCAUCAACUUCUUAGGCAUUGUAGCAGAUGGAAGUUACAUAAUACCCAGAACUUCCAAAAUUAUACAUUAACUGCAUUACCACGACGGAGUGAAGUGUAUAUAAGUAUUCAACGAAGCCAAAGAAUCCAUAAGCAUCGCAUCAUUGAGAAGUAUGGUGAACGUUUCGCAACGGAAGUUGAGAAGAAAGUGGACAAUUAUUACUUAAGAAUUCUUAAUACCAACUUGUAAACUUGAUUUUCUGCUUUAGCAGCAAUG